AUGACGGCUGGCAAAAAAACUCAUUUCAGUUUCAUUUCAUUGCAUCUCAAGUUUCAAUUGAUCUUGCUGUCUGAUUUCAGAAUUCAACCCCAAAAGGUACUCUCUCAAGGCUUCGACGAUGCUGCAUGGCCUCUCCAGAGGAAGAACAGCAGACACAUCGGAGAAGUAAGACUCAUCUUGCAUUAUGCCAAUGCCAGCAGUAAAUCAGCACCAGGAUUUGCGCCGACCCCACCGCCUUAUGUAGCUUCAGCUGCACCACGUCCCUCCUUAUACAACCCCAGCUGCACCACAUCCCUCCUUACACAACCCCAGAAGCACCCCAUGUGUCUCCUUACACGACACUUCCACCGACGAUUCCUUAUGCCCCAGCCGCAACCUAUCCUGCUCCAUCUCCUUACCCAUCAUACCCACUUCCCCCAGCAAAUCCAACUGCAUAUCCACUGUCCACUUACCCUCCCCUGCAACAAGCAACUGCCUAUUACCCACAGCCGUACCCACCUGCACCAUACCUGCCACCCCUACAAGCAACACUACAUUACCCACCAGGCCAAUAUCCAGGAACCUAUCCACCAACAUGCUGAGAUGCAGAUAGAGUCUUCCUCGUAUGAAGAUGAGUCGGUUGAUGAAAGCCGCGCAGCACCUCGAAGUUAUGAACUGUUUCUGAAUCAUUUGCAUCUAUUUGAGGCCUCGUUUUGCAUUAUCAUCAAAGGUUUCUCACUACUUCACAAAGAUGCAAUUCAAAUCAGCUGUUUGGCUGUAGCUAAAGUGCUGUUUUUUCUCGUUUUCUUUUCUUCCCUGCAAUGGUUACUACUAGUUGUAACAUGAUGUUUCAUUGAAAUUUAAUGAAGUCCUGCA